AUGGCCAAGUCUAAAGCUGCGAAGCGUAAGCGCAAUGCACAGGUCGACCUUCCGCAAAAAUUGCCCAAACCUGCCUCUACCCUCACACCCCCUCCUGAUGGCACCCUCGAGCCCAAGCACAUUAAAACAGUCGUCUCAGACGAGGAACUCGAUAUCACCAUUGAGACACUCACGGCCCUUGCAGAAUACCCUAGCCUUACCAAGUCCAAGGCUUGCAAAGACCUCCGAGUUGCUGUCUAUGGCUUUCGUCAGGCCUGUACUACCGGUCUUAAUACAGCUGAGGGCGCAAACCUCACAGCACGUAUUACCGGUGCCUUGGCCGAUGAGAAAUACAUCGAGGCCAAAAUUCUGCUCGCCGAGAUGAGGAUUAGAGGGGAACAACCUAAAAUCGGAGCCUUAUGUCGCUGGGUACGAGAUCUUGACGUUGUGAGCGGGCUCUCAACACAGCCUAGAGCACACGAUGAUAAUUCUCUCAGCCGUAGCGCAAGGGACUUAGAACUUCUGGGCGUCCUCGAUGCCAUACUGCGCGUCAGCACCCCAAUCGACACCACAUCAAACGCCCCCAGUUCAGCCUCCCCGAUCGCCUUUCAUUCAAUUUGGGAUCUCCGACCGUCAACACCACCACUGGAGAUCUACGCCUCAGUCCUCGACAAAUCUAUCCUUGCCGACGCCCCGAAAUCCCCGACUGCACUCCGCGUCAUCGAGCACACCCCCGGUACACUUCGCAAACCUCCGAACCAUCAUCCUGCAAUCCUCUACACAACAGAACCUAAUGCUGUCCCUCUGGCUUCCGUCGGGCCCUCUAUAACAUAUCACCCGCAUCCCGCCGUUCCAGGCCUUGGCCUUGCUAUGGACGUGCUCUCCCCCGCAGAGUGCAAAGCCAUCAUUGCAGCCGGAGAGUCUGUCAAUUUCCUACCUGAUGCGCCUUUGCGCGAAGAUGGCGACGUGAGCAUCUUGGCUCACAACUUCUACUGGAUUAUCGACACUGCUUUCCAUGACAUGCUUUGGGGCCGCAUUUCUCCAUACGUACCGCCCUCCAUUAACGGCCGCCUGGUACGAGGUAUCAAUCGACGCUUCCGGGUGUACAGAUAUGUCCCCGGUGCCGAAUAUCGUUGCCACAUUGAUGGGGCUUGGCCACCGUCCGGUAUUCUCCCUGAUGACACAUAUGUGUAUGACUCGUCGCCCGAAGAUCGAAAGCAAAGCUCUAUGUAUACAUUCUUGCUAUAUCUCAACGACGAGUUUGAAGGCGGUGAAACCACGUUCUUCAUGCCAGCCACGCGUGAGGGGGUACUCAAUGCAUACCCUGUACGGCCUGUGAUGGGGUCCGUUGCCAUAUUCCCACACGGCGAGGCGAACGGUGCCUUGUUACAUGAAGGGACUGGGGUAAGGAAGGGUGCUAAGUAUAUUAUUAGAACAGACGUAGAGUAUGAUAUAAACCCUUCUGUAGGGUGA